AACGGCUUAUUCGAAGGUUAGGAAUUGAGGAAUGAAGAUGUUAGUGAAAAUUAUUUAUUUAUUACUCCUUACAGCUUGGGCUAAAGAAUAUGAUAAAGCUUUUGACCUACUUUUUACAAGUAAUGUUAAAGAAUUCGAUGAAAUUACCGUUCAUUUCCAAAAGCCCUUACCAACAUGGUUAUUAAAUAAAAAACUGAUUAGAAUUGGCGCUGGAUGUUUUGGAAUGGGAGAUAGGAAAUUUCAUCAUGUAUUUGACGGUUUCGGUAAAAUGCAUAUAUGGAAUUUAAAACCGAACAGGACAACAUUCAGUGCAAAGUUCGUAAGGACGAGGACGUUUGUUGAUUCGGAGAAGAGGAAUACAGUAUCGCCGCUAUAUACGUUAUUCGACGAUACAGUACCUCGUCAAUCGCUUAUUGAUCGACUAAGAAGUUUAUUCAAUGGUCCAGACAAUGUAAAUGUUAAUAUUGUGAAAUUUGGAGAUGAUUAUUUAGCAAUAAGUGACUUUUGGUCGAAAUAUGUGAUCGAUAUUGAUCGAGGCGAAACGCUUUUCAGAACGUCACCAGAUUUUCUACAUAGAUCGAUAAUAAGUAGACGCAUUCCACUCCUAUCCAGCUCGCAUCCUAUACAAGGCGUCAAUAUCGUCACGGAAAUAAACCCUUUCGGAUUGAAUUACGUUCAUUUAGUACAAAUUAAAUCGGCCAGGGAGGUCGUAAACUUGCUAAGUAUUCCGGUUGAUGAAGCACCGUACAUUCACAGUUUCUCAUUGACGUCUAACUAUGCAAUAAUCGUUGCUAAUCCAGUUAGUAUUAGCAUAAGUAAAUUGUUUGAAACGCUAAAUCCUAGUAAAAGUAUUAUAUGGCGGGAGAAUGGAGAAAGUGACGUUUACGUUGUCGAUUUGCGAACACUACAGUACAGAAAAUAUAGAACGGAAGGUAAAUUUAUGCUACACCACGUAAACGCCUUUGAAUACAACGAUGCCAUAAUAUUUGAUACGACAACCUACAAAAGUUUUACCCUAAUCCAUGAUUAUCAACUCGAUACACUCCGCAAUUCUACUGUACGAAACAAAAUUACCGAUUUGCCGUCACUCAAACGCUAUACUAUUGAUCUGAAAAGUGGUAUAGUAAAACACAAGCUACUCUCGAAUCGACGACCUUAUCAGGGGCUUGAAAUGCCAGUAAUCAACGAGUUAUACAGAUUUAAAAGCUAUUGCUUCAUUUAUGGCAUCUCUUUUAAAUCGGAUAAUAUUCAAUUUAGCAAUGUAACAUUAAUAAAGGUCGAUAUAUGCGGAAAAGGAAGAGAUAGAAUAUGGGAAUUAAAUGGCCAUAUACCAUCCGAACCCUGGUUUGUCCAUCAUCCGAAUAGGAGAGCGGAGGACGAUGGACUCCUCUUUUCAGUUAUAAGUGAUGGUAUCAGGUUACGUUCCUAUUUAGCAGUCUUUAAUGCUACAACAUUAACUCUAGUCAACACUAGCCCAACGCCUACCUUAGUGCCUAUGAUGUUUCACGGUUAUCACGAAUAG